AUGGAGCCUAAGACCGUUCUCGUUCUCUUCGGCGCCUUUGUCGCCACCACUACGGCGGCCCCGGCCCCAAACAACAACAAUGACAUGUCAGCCACUUGCCAGUGGCAGGCCGUCGGCGGCUGCGAGACGGACUGGAAAGACAGGUGCGACGCCCAAUGCGUGGGCGAGGCAGUGAAAAAGGGUUAUAAGUGCGAAGAUGUCACUUCUCAUAUCACUGGGUCGAACUGUUUGUGGACCUACAGUACUUGCGAGUGUACCUGCUUCUCAAGCCUUCCUAAUUGUGGGAAGUAG